AUGAAUAUAAAUGGAGAUAUGGAGACGAAGGAAGUGAAGAAAGUGAUUUACAAGAAGGAGUGCACGGUCAUCGUUGAUGUUGGUGACAAUGGAAAGAUGGCGGCUGGUGAUUUGAUAAAAUUUCUUAGUGAGCAGGUUGGUGAUGUGAUACAUGCGUGUGUACCGAAGGGACCUGACAGGUAUGAAGUGACUGUGGGUGAUGUUGUGCAGGCGAGGAUUAUUUCGGAUAAUGAUUCCUUGGAACUGAAUGGCAUGAAAAUGAAGGCGAGAUUAUUACAUUCGGACAGUGUUGUUGUUUCCUUUUUGCACUUGCCAGCAUAUAUUUCGGAUGAAGAGAUUGAGGAAAGAUUGACAUCGAUGAACAUUGAGUUAAUAACACCUAUUUACAGGAGGUUCUACAAGGGUACUCGCAUUGCGGAUGGAACAAGUGUGAAUGACAACAACAGUGAGCAUGAGGACGACAGUGACAGUUUUAGUGAAGGUGUAAUGCAUGAAGAAACUCGGCCAAGCCAUGAUCAAGUGGAAAUAAGGAAGACAAUGAGGGAUAACCAAGCUGAGGGGAGAAAUGCUCAUAACCAUGCAACAACGAGUUUGAGAACUGACAACCAGCACGCAAACUCCGCCAAACGAUAUGGUAUUCCCCAAACUACAUUCGGAGACAGGGUAGAUGGCAGAAUUCAUAUUGACUGCACUGUUAUGGGCAGAACACCAAUACUAACAUUAGAUGAAGAGGCAAAACUGGUACAGCAUUUGCAGGAUGUUGCGAAAUAUGGCUAUGGUUAUACCAGACAAGAAGUAGUAGACAUUGCUUCAGACUAUGCGGCUGUUCUUCAAAAGAGGCCUCAAAACAAACCGCUUACAUUAAACUGGUUUAAUGGUUUUAUAAAAAGGUGGCCAGAAAUGCGUGUAGUAAAACCAAGGGCUUUGGAAUUUCAGAGAGCCAAAAGCGCGUCUGUGUUUAAAGUUGAGGCCUAUUUUGAUCAACUAGAAAAAGUCCUCACAAAAUACAAUCUGAAUGAUAAACCCCAUCUGAUUUUUAAUGUAGAUGAGAAAGGCAUUUCCCAAAACCAUACCCCUCCUUACAUUGUUGGGGGAAGGGACUAUUAUCCACAGUGUGUCACCACUGGCAUGGCCAUUCCACCAUACUUUGUAUUUGCGGGUGUACGACUCAUACCUGAUCUGAUGAAGAAUGCUAGCCCAUGUGCUUCUGGAGACAUGUCACAAACCGGCUGGUCAAACGCACAGAUAUUUAGAAAAUAUCUACAGCAACAUUUUAUUAAAUAUAUUCCUUGCAGAGAGCCUGGGCAACAUCUGCUAUUACUACUCGAUGGACAUAAAAGUCAGUCCAUUGAUCUUGUUAAAUGGGCAAAAGAAAAUGAUAUCAUCAUGUUCAUUCUUCCUGCACACACAUCUCACAUACUGCAACCAAUGGACGUGGCAUGUUAUGGUUCACUGCAAAAAAUGUACAAUAACGAAUGUCAUAAACUGAUGAGACAAACACCAGCAACGGUAACUCGAUAUGAUAUCUGUAGCUUGGCUUGUAAAUCAUAUUCAAAGGCACUAUCUGCAGAAAAUCUUCAGUCGGCAUUCCGGAAGACGGGAGUAUACCCACUUAAUCGGACGGCUAUCAACCAUGAAUUUCUUCAGCCAGCUGCUCUCUUCCAAAAUGAAAAUGAGGACACUGAAAUCAUGGAAAUCGGCGAUGUCCAAGAUGAAACCGAGGUCACCAUAAACAAUGAAAUUGGGGAUACUGAAGUCAUAAAAAUCAGACAUGUCCAAGGUGAAAUCGAGGUCACCACGAACAAUGAAAAUGAAAUCAACGGAACAGAGUCGCCUACUUCAUUUUUUGCUUCUAAACUUUGGAAUCUAAAAAACUCAAAAUAUUUAAAGAAACAAAUAAAGAAGCGCAAAUCACUGAGUAAAAUUGUUCCAGGUAAAUCCAUCACCGAAAGCACCACUGGACACAAAAUGUCUGAAUACCUGCGGUCAAGUGAUGUUUGUAAACCAUCAAAAGGAAAGGCAAUGAUAAAAAGAAAAGCUGCAGAAAAGAAACCCGUUUCCACUUCCCCACAACCUGACCCAUCUCAUUUGAAUGUAGCAUGUGAUGUGUCUGAUGAUAGUGAACUUGAUGAGAGUGAAAUAUGCUGCAUGUGUAAGAAAUUUACCCCUACUGAAGUCAGACAGAGUGUUUCACUCAUUUUCACAACGUGGGUACAGUGUGAUAUGUGUUCCCACUGGGUACAUUUAAUGUACUGCACCAAAGAAAGAGUGAUCAGGAGAGGUGAUCGAUUCCUUUGCCCUCACUGUAGGUCCAGUAGCCAAAACAAUGAACAAUAAAUUACAUGUCACGUCAGAUUUUGA